AUGACCAUGGCCCUGCAGAUCUGCAAUAAUGCGCUCUAUUUCCUCCAAACAUGGAUUUCUCCUUCCACUCGCAAAAAGGGGAUGAUUCCAACAAUUGUGAAAAGCAGUGCCCAUAUGUUGGAUGGAUGGAGUAAAUUGAUAUUGUCAGGUGAAUCGGAAGUUGAUGUGCAAAAGGAGUUCCACGAUCUCACAGCAGAUGUUAUUUCUCGCACAGUAUUUGGAAGCAGUUUUAUAGAGGGAAAACACAUCUUUGAAAUGCAGACCGUACAGAUGAUUCUUGCAGGUGACGCACUUCGCAGUGUUUAUAUUCCGGGUUUCAGGGAAAAGACUGCUAUAACAGAAAAAACAGGUGGAUAUGGUGCCGAUUUGCUUGGUUUGAUGAUGUCUGAGAGCAAGCAGCAGGGGAGAGUCAAUGUAAAAUGUAAUGCAAGCCUGAUUACAGAGGAAAUCAUUGAUGAAUGCAAGACUUUCUACUUUGCUGGUCAUGAAACUACAUCACUACUGUUGACAUGGACUAUAACAUUGCUGGGAAUGCAAGAUUGGCAAGAGCGAGGUCGCAGAGAAGUGAUGGAAGUAUGUGGAAAUCACAAUUACCCAGAUGCAGACAGCUUAAGUCACCUCAAAAUUGUGGGAAUGAUCAUAAAUGAGGCCCUAAGACUUUACCCACCUGUAGUUCGUGUGUUCCAAACGACAAGUGAGCCGAUGAAACUUGGAAGGAUCUCAAUUCCUGCAGGCAUUGAACUUGAGAUUCUGAUCCUGGCGAUUCACCAUGAUCCUGCUUUGUGGGGAGACGAUGCCAAAGAUUUCAACCCAGGGCGAUUUAAUGAAGGAAUUGCAAAGUAUACAAUGCAUCCAAUGGCAUUCAUGCCCUUUGGUGCAGGUCCAACUAUCUGUGUGGGCCAAAAUUUUGCCUUGUUGGAAGCAAAAAUAGUUUUGGCCAUGAUUCUACAAAGAUUUUAUUUUGUGAUUUCACCUACUUAUACUCACGCUCCUUUGCUUUUACCUACUGUGAAACCUUAA